GCAGACGUACCUGGUUUAAAUACCCUCCGAAUCAUCCGUUCUCAUCCCUGUAUCCAAUUUCAUCCCCCACCCCGCUCAAAAAACACUACUAUGACUGGCAGCGCUUCAUUAUCAGCUAUCGCUGUCCUCGAAAAUCCUCGUGCAGUUGAAAAUUCCAAAACCGUGCUUUUCGAUGCCCAUCUCUACUACCAGGAUACGCAUGGGCCUGAUCCUGGCCUUGCCUCUCUUCGCUAUUACAAUGCCAAUGAGCUCUCUUUCGAGCAAGUGGGAGUAUACUUUGUUCAUGUGAAUAUCGCAAGAAUGGAGCACGAGCUGUCCAGCGUGGCGGUUUUGGAUGGUCUGUCUAAAGAAAAAUAUGUUUUAGUGGGAGACAUCGUGUCGAUUAUCCCAACCGCCGUGAGGGAUAUCGCUGAUGUCAAAUUCCGGCCCUUUGUCAACAUUUCUGGCGUUGUAACCAGUGUCAACAGCAACGAUAAAACUUUCCAUCUCGCUCCUGAGACCUACGUCCACGCCCUUAAGAACUGCAAGACUAAGGCGACGCUGCCAAUUCGAUGUUUCUCUGCAGUUACCGCCCAAAACUUAGGUGCUAAAAUGCCUGAUCCCCGUGUGGGACACUACGUGUCAGUUUCGGGGCACCUUCAUCGGGUGAUCCGUCGACUGGAGGAUAACAUGGCAGACUUCUUCGACGUGGAGUUGGACAAAAUCACAUAUCUUGGCCCGCCAUACACUCCACCGUCACCUCCAUCUUCAGGUAUACCCACAGCCCCAGCGGGCAAGAUCAGGUUUAGCUACACGGAGAGUAGCCCAUGUUUGUGUAAGAAGCGGAAGAUUUCGGAGACUACCGCGUAAAAUUCUACUACUUAUCUUUGUCGCAAUACUCCUGGUAUACGGACAUUGGGUUUAAAAAUAUUUGUGUCACAUUAUCUUGUACGGGGACCUAACGGAAGCUCUAUGUAACUACGUGGGAGAGAAGUUGCCACAAGUCGAUGCUCGGUAAACUUAUCGCUGAACCUUCUUGUCCGAUCUUGCG